GCCGCUCAUGCCUACAGGGCCGCUCCUGCGUGUGGCUGGCUGCCGCCGACCUCCGCCCCGCUGUCGGGGGAGUGCGGCCACUGCGGCGGCGCGCACCCCGCCAGGCGCUGCACCUUCGGCGCAUGCCGGCGCGAGCGGUACCUGCCGUGCGCCGGCUCGGCCCCGCACCUGCCGUGCUUCUGGCGCCGCUUCGUGGUGCCGCUCUCGCGCGCCGACGCCGGCGCCUUCGACCCCGCGGACCCGCGCGGCUCAGGGAGGGCCGACGUGGGGCUGCGCUGCCUCUCCGCGGCGCUGUUCCGGAGCCAGGGCCUGCGCAAGAGCACGCAGGUGUGCCUCUGCUUCGGCGAGAGCGGGCACACCCUGGAGGUCACCGGCGCCCUCGCCCGCGGGCUCGUGCCAGACGAGGGCCGCCUGGCGGCGCGGCUGCGCCGCGGGCUGGACGCUCUGCUGCGCCCUGGCGCGGAGGCCCCGUUGCCAGACCCCGCCGAGGAGCCGGAGGCGUGGUGCUCCCACGAGCUGCGGGGCGUCGAGGCGCGGGCGCGGAGUACCGAGAGGGCACUGCGGGCGGCCCUGCGGGCCCGCGAGGCCCGGGACCUGCACGGCGGCCGUGGCCGCGUCGCCCUGCUGCUGCUGGCCGCGGACGGCGUGCCGGUGGGGGAGGCCUGCAGGCAGCUGCGGAGCGGCCCGGCCCUCGCAGGCGUGGUGGUGGUCGUCGGGGACCACCGCGGCUACUCCGAGGAGGAGAGGCGCAGGGGUACUGCGCCGUGGCCGAGGCGGCCGGCUCGGAGGUGCUGCGGAUCUCGCUGGGCCGGGACACGCUGCUUGCCUCGCACGCGAUCACGGUGCUAACGCACUACCUCGACGAGAUGCUGCACAGCUGCGAGGUCGCGGGCCAGGUGGACUACGGCCGGCGCAGGGCUGGCUGA